AUGCUAAGUAUUUUCAAUUUUCUCGAAAAAGUAUACUUGAGCUUGAAUGAAAAAGAGGCUGCAGCAGCAGUGUUUCUUGACCUUUCUAAGGCUUUUGACUGUAGAAAAGAAUCCUCGUUUUUAACACAAAUAUUAAUAAUGAAGUGGGCUCUGAGUGUUUCGUUAUUAUUCGUCCUUCUUGUUCUUGCUGGUUCAACUAGAAGUCAAUGGAAUAAAACUCCCCCGAUCGUCUGUGACAAACCCAACGAGGAAUAUCAAUGCGGCAGCGCUUGUCAAACGAGAUGCAUACGAUUGGAGUGCAACUGUCCAAUCCAAAACGUGAGAUGCAACGAUGCUUGCUACUGCAAAGAUGGCUAUGCCAGAGACGAGAACAACGAAUGCAUCCCGAUAGCCGAUUGUUCUGUACCAAGAAAUUGUAGCGUCCCUGAACUUGGAUACGGCCCUGCACCAUAAAUCAGUACUACGAUUUGUUUAUUGUCUCAUCGAAUUUACUACUUUGGAUUUAUAAUAAAGAGAAACUGUCGAGAAGAACGUUAUCAAUACUGAUGGACAUUAUACUAAUUUCAAAUAACUUAAAUCC